CUCCCGCCGCCCCGUCUUCUCUUCGUCCCGCCUCGCCCCUCUCUCUCCCUCCAAACCCUACCCCGCGCACGCCUCCCUACCCCGCCGCCAUCUCCUUCGCCGCCGGGAGCUCGCCCGGGAUGACUGCCGCGGGGUUCCUGGUGGGCUUCCUCCUCGGCCUGCUUGCGCUCACGGAGGCCGAGGCAGCCACGCUGCUCUGGUUCGUGCUCCGCCUCCGCCGCCGGCGUGGCUCCGGUGGACUCGGACGGCUCCUCUCCGUCUCCUCCCUCGCCCCCACGUGUGGUUCCGCUUCCCGCUGGCCACGAGGUGCAGCCUUGCAGGGGCGCAUCGGGCUGGGCCUCUGUUUCCGAUAUGGUGCAGCAGCUGCUGUGGGGUUGAGGUGUUCUGGCAACGGUAGGAGCUCCGGGCCCGUCCAGAUUAGCUAGGGUUCAAGCUUUGGCAGCCUAUAUGGUGGUCACUAUUCUUGUCAUGUGCUUUAACUCUACAACCUAGCUUGGGUUCCCUCAUGUGCUUGCUGGUCUGCCUGUCUAAUUAGGCUUAGGUACCACAACCUACAGAUUCCUUCUUGUUUGCCAAGUGCU